CUGUACUUGUUUCGACUAAAUGAUUUCUAUAACUGUUUUCAGAACUGGAGAAGCACAUUGAAGACAUGCAUGUCCUGAUUACCACCCCAUUCCACCCAGCUUAUGUCACUGCAGAGAGGAUAAAGAAGGCGAAGAAUCUUGAGCUUCUUCUCACGGCAGGAAUCGGCUCCGAUCUUCCAGCAGCUGCUGCUGUGGGCUUAACUAUGGCUGAGGUCACUGGAAGCAACACUGUCUCUGUGGCAGAAGAUGAGCUCUUGCGCAUUCUGAUUCUACUCAGGAACUUCUUGCCUGGGUACCAACAGGUAGUUCAAGGCGAAUGGAACGUAGCAGGCAUUUCCCACAGAGCUUAUGAUCUUGAAGGAAAAACUGUUGGGACUGUUGGGGCUGGUCGUAUUGGCAGGCUCUUGCUUCAGCGUCUUAAGCCCUUUAACUGCAACCUACUUUACCAUGACAGACUUCAGAUUGACCCAGAGCUUGAGAAAGAAAUUGGGGCCAAAUUUGAGGAGGACCUGGAUGCUAUGCUUCCAAAGUGUGAUGUGAUUGUGAUCAACACACCUCUUACGGAGAAAACAAGAGGCAUGUUUAACAAAGAGAGGAUUGCAAAGAUGAAGGAACGUGUAAUUGUUGUGAAUAAUGCUCGAGGAGCAAUCAUGGAUGCUCGAGCAGUCGCAGAUGCAUGUUCUAGCGGUCACAUUGCUGGAUAUGGUGGUGAUGUGUGGUUCCCACAGCCAGCACCAAAGGAUCACCCCUGGCGCUACAUGCCUAACCAUGCCAUGGCCCCUCACAUCUCUGGGACUACAAUUGAUGCGCAGGUCAGGUUCUGAGUUUUGUUACCUGAGUUUGAAAAUCUAUCUAAUUCUAAUACCUCAUAGGACACUAGGUCUCUGCUUCAUGCAUUAGCAGAACUCAAUAGAAUGGCAAUCACCUUAAGGCUUUACUGGAUUAAAAUCGUACUGAGAACUGGAACAAUUAGCUAAUAGUGUGUCUGUGUACCUUGAGUCCUUGGCUCCUCAGCUCCUUGCCGACGAAGGAAGAAGAGUCGCUCCUCAGCUCCUCGCUGACCCUCUGCUCUUCGGUAAAAUUUUUAUGUACAACAUGUUUGACUUACUCGACCCAUAAUUUGUACAUGUGAUGAUGGAUUGCAUGUUCUUUUGCUCAUGUGGCAUUGGAUUUAAUCGAACUCACUUGGGUUUGUUACCGUAUUUUGAGCAGCCUGCAGCAACCUAGGGAAGAGAUACCAAGAUUGAGGACCUGAACUGAAGAUGCUAUGCGCCUGUUUAGUUUGGGCCUAUUGCAUAUCUAUCGAUAUAUUUGUCUAUUAUUCAAAAUUCUAUAUUGAUUUUUAGAAAUAAUUUAUACGAUAUUAUAAUGUUCGUUUGACA